UACAGUACACGACACGAGUUUUAUACACCCCACCGUGGAAAGACCACAGUGGAAAAUCCACGGAGAUACACCGUGUCCUCCGUGUUCCACGGUGUGUGUUAUUUGCGAAUACACACAGCUGCUAAGAGCUUUGUUCUGGCCACGGGCGCCUUGCGGGAGAUGUGAAAAUGUGCCGCAGGCCAAAUAAUCAAGAUAAGGGUGGAAUUUUAAGAAAAGAAAAAAUGUCAAUAUUUUCCCCCCUGAUACUUAUAUUGUUUUUCAGCAUAUUGAGCCGAUUCCAACGAUACCAAACACUAUAUAUUAUGUUUUUAAGAAAACCUGGUUUUGACUUUUUUCUUUUAGUCUAAAAUAUUCUUAAAUUCUAUGUUUAAAUAAUGCGUACUUGCAGGCAAUUCCUGUUUUGAAUGCGAAUUAGUAUAUUCAGUAAAUGAAAAACAUACAUGUACAACAUGUGAUAGGGAUAUUUAAUAAUUACCGAUGUGCUCUCUCUCUCUCUCUCUCUCUCUCUCUCUCUCUCUCUCUGUGACAAAUGCGCUGUUUAACAUAAUUACCUCCAUCAUAUUGUGUUGAUAUGCAUCUUGACAAAUAUAACUUGAUCCAAUAUAGAAAUUAGAGCAUUGUCGAUGAUUAACAAAUUGGAAUUAAUUUAUUACGUAAUUAAUAGAAGCAAAAAUACAAACCAUCGAAUGAUUUAUUUUUAAAAUCCCGAGUUAAUUACAUUUGACCGAGACUUAUGUUCGAUGUACUUUGAUAGAGGUUUUCAUAAAAAAAAAAUGUUCAUCAGGAGUGUCUGGAUAAUGCAAUGAUUUUUGUAUAAUAAGUAUAUACCAUGCAAAUUCCUAGGGUCUUUCUCACAGUAUAACUAAAUUACGGUUAGCUAGUUUGGGUUUUGACUUCUCAUGAAAAGUGUGAAAUAUAUUGGAUCGGCAAGAUAUCGGAUCUAGUCUAAGAUCUCGGGUAUCUUACGCCGACCCAAUAUAUUUCACACUUUCCGCAAGAAGCUAAGCACUUCUGUUGAUUUCAAAUACACGGAUUAGCUGGCCCCCAUUGUUCUACUGAGGCGAAAACCCCUUCGAAUUUGCAUGGAAUGUACAAGUUAUACACAGGUCAUUGUUAUAGUCAUACAUCAUAGUACCGCUAAUCCGACAAACAUUUUUUUUUAUUUUGAAUAAGUUAUUGAAUGACGAAGUAUGACCAAACUGCAGAUUGAACUUUAUAGAGCCCCGUGCUAACAUUACUUAUAUUUUUCAAUGUAUCAGAAGGGGUAUGUUGCCGGUUAAGUUGUAUAAAUUUCUUGACAAGCAAUAAAAUAACAACAAAAAUGGUGCUUAAAUUUUCCGAUUACGAAAACCUUUCAAGUUUUCAAAGUACACCCUCUCCGAUUCUACGUGCUUGUAAUCAAUAUUUAAGGAUGUAAAUCCUCGGUGUCAAAUGCAACUAGUUCAUGAAAAAAAACUAAUAUAAAUAUAAACAGAAAUGACUUAACGAUUAUUUGCUUUUAUUCAUAUACGCUAUCGAUUAUUAAAAUCUUUAAUUUAAUCUUUAGAUGCAUUAGAUAAUGAAAGCAAGAGAGAGAGAGAGAGAGAGAGAGAGAGAGAGAGAGAGCGAGCAUUGGUAAUCAUUGAUUAUAACAUUCAUGAAUGUAUGCAGAUACGGGAAGUUUAAUACGUUCAGUAUAAAUCUUUCAUUCUGAUAUUUUUUUUUUAUUUCCCAUUUUGUUUUCUUUACAUGUUAAAUUUUUCGGCUGGUCCGGGUUAGGACUAAUGAAUGAGCCCCCCCCCCCCCCCCCUUCUAAAACGAUGUUACGUGCUUAGCUGUCUAUCUCCCUCUCAGUCAAAAAUAAAAUAAAUACAUGCUAUAUAUACUGCAACAUCAUUGGAUUUACUGGAUAAUUCUUCGAUUGCACCUUCAUAAUACAUGUUAAUGCAAGCGGACUAUCUAGGCUUCUUUUUUUUCAUCUUCGUUAGCCGAGAUUAUUCGUGCACGAAGGCACAGCUGACUCAAAACCCAUUGCUAGCGGAGAUUAGAUGAAUUUUACCCCCGUAUUAUGUUAUAACUGACCAAAACCUAGUACGUUUGUUUUACAACUUUCAUUCAGAAGACGCGCAAGUUAUUGAGUUACUGAAUAAACGAGAAAACGUCUGCAUUUUUAUUUCAAUCGUUGUCAACUCUUUACUUUGUGAUAUUUCAAGACUACAUGUACUCAAUUCAAUUUAUUGGAUCUCAUCACCAUUAUGCAAUGGUAUACAAAAAUAUAAAGACAAAAAGCUGUUAUAUAUACAUUUAGUAAAUAAUACAUGCGUGUAAUAAAGUAUUUAUCAAGUUAGAAAAAACCCUUUAAAAACCGUGUUAUUAUUAAUGUGAAGUAUGGGCAUUCUAAUGAAAUUUUCUUAAUGAAAGUACGGAGUUUUCUAAAGGUUUGUUUAAAAGUAAAGAUAGUUUUAAUAUUUAUUUGUUUAAGUGAUAAAAAUUUGAUUCUUUGCUCACAUUGCUUCACAGUUGAGUACAUAAUGAAAUUCAUAUCCAAUGUAAACAUGUACAUGUAUAUAGCUGACCUUAAUCACAUAUUCCUAAUACUUUCGAUUUCCUCCUUUAAAGAGUUAUCGCUCUUUGAUCGUUCUUCGAUAUAAGGAGAGAGAAACCGCGUAAGUCUCGCGAGAUUUUCGGGACAAACAGUUGUCAAAGACACUACAGUUGUCAAAGACGCUAUGCCUGCGCGACAUUGCAUUGCUGUCGGUUGUACUGCUGAUAGUAGAACGUCAAGCAACGAUGUCAGUUUUUACCAGCUACCCAAGGUGGAGAGUGAAUUGAAGAAGUGGCUGCGUUUGGUGAGGAGAGAGGGAUUGUCUGUAGACAGUAAAGCCGAUAAUCGGCAUUACGUCGUCUGCUCCAAGCAUUUUAUCGAUGGAAAACCAACUCUAAAUAACCCCUAUCCCACUAUGUUUGCCUAUAAUAAUUAUAAAAUGGCUACACCAAGAAAAACAAAGAACUCCCACUUAGGCAGAAAAAGCAGCGAAACUCAAGAACAUUCAGAAAACAAAAGAAUCAAAAUUGUGAAAUGCGAUUCAUCCACGGACAAAAGUAAGAUAUGCUACCCGUAUGUUGCAGGAGAAAUAGACAUUCCAUUAACAAUUGACAACAACAACAACGAGAUUCAAACAGAUGUUGUUCAAUGCCAAACUUUGCACCAUGACCAUUCCUACAUAUGCUGUAAUCCUGAGAUGAAGUAUUGUAGAGAGCAAGACCUUAUAGAAAGAAUAAGACUUUUAGAGGUUAAAUGCGGAGAACUUGAAGUAGAAAACAAAGAACUGAGAAAAGAGAAUGAAAUCCUAAAAUCCCGUGAAGUUGAUUUCCGGAAGGAACUUCUCAACAAAGUACUUCAAGAUGACAAAAACAUCAAGCAUUUUCUAGGGUUACCCUCUCUUAGUUUUCUUACAUUCUUUUUGCAAUUCCUUGCAGUAUUUUAUGACAAGGUUUCAUUUUGGAAAGGGGCUGGGAGGUCAGGAUCCAAGAAAUGGCAAGAAAAACAGCAAAAUAAACCAGGUAGACAGAGAAAACUAUCUAUGAAAGAGGAAUUUGUUAUAGUAAUGUUGAAAUUAAGACUGGGAUUAGAUAAUUCAACUCUUGCUGUACUAUUUGGUGUUUCUGUUGGGCAUGUUUCAACCCUCUUUAGCACCUGGAUAAAUUUUUUAGCUCAAAUUCUAGACUCUGUAGUUAAGUGGCCAGCAAGUGAAAAGGUCAGGAAACACAUGCCAUUAUCAUUUAAACUCAAGUAUCCCAAAACAACUUCAAUAAUUGACUGUACAGAAGUCUUCAUCCAAAAACCCAAAAAUUGUUCAGCUCAAGCAAGCACAUGGAGUAAUUACAAGUCUCAUAACACCCUUAAAGCUCUGGUUGCUAUACAGCCCAAUGGGGCCUUUACUUUUGUAUCAAAAUUCUGGAGUGGCAAUAUCAGUGACAGAAAAAUUACAAUUGAGAGCAAAUAUCUUAAUCACAUUUCUCCAGGGGAUGAGGUGAUGGCCGACAGGGGAUUCCAGAUACGAAACCUUCUUACUUUGAAAGGUGCAUACUUGAACAUGCCACCUUUUACACAUGAAAAAAGAAAUGGCAAAGGAAGGGUGCUAACUUCAAAGCAAAUUCUUGAGACUCGCAAGAUUGCUUCACUUCGUAUUCAUGUGGAGCGAGCUAUUAGAAGACUAAAAUCUUUCAAAAUGUUGGGAGGAAUUCUACCCCUUAACAUGAAAAAUUUGUCAUCUGCAAUGUUGAGAGUAGCUGCAGCUUUUUGUAACUUUCUGCCACCUUUGUCAAAGAAAUUUAAAUAGAACAUUGUUUAUCAUGUGACACUAUAUAUAUUAAAACAAUAUUAGCUCUAAAUCUCAAAAUUUUAAGUUGUACAGUUGUAAAAAUAUAUUAUUUUAAUAGUUUUGUCUGUAAUUUCUACUUCAUGUAUUAUUCUUGGUAAAAUUGAAACUAAGUCAAAAUAAAGAUCCUGGUUCUAUUGAAUAUGUAGCUUUGACAUUAAACAAAAUUUUGUAUGGGGAGACAAUAAAGUAAUUUUGUUUCAUUCUGAACUUCUGAAUAAUUUUUGUAAUGCAAGUUGAAUUUUUUUUUAAAGAAGUAUAAACCAUAAUUUUUCAACAAAAGUUUUCAACACCUAAUUAUUACAGCUAAUAUUGCUUUAAAGUUCACUUUUCUCAUAGCAGUGACAUUUACAGUAUGCAAAUGUAUGUACUACAAAAUGUAGGAAUUGUAUUUUAUGAAUAUGAUACAUCAUUAUCUUUGGAAAGUAAUCUUUAUUGAAACAUUGAUUGUUUGUUCAAAUGUGUUCAUUGAAAUAGUGAUUCCCAUUAAGUACAUGCACAAUGCACAUUAAUAAAUUCAUCAAACAAC